CACUAUCUAGUACCUCUGCAGCAGGGUCGUUGGAGACGAGAAAGGCCAAGGUGAGGAGGAUCGGCGAAGCAGGAGGCCAGGAUGAGGGCUCUGAAAACUAUGAAGACGAACCUCUGCUCCAAGUGGAGAAGCCGGCUGCAGGAGCAGACCAGAACAACCCCGACCCGCAGCAGCAGCAGAUUCGGGAUGCUCUUGCGAAGAACAGUCAGAAGAACAAGGAAAUUCAAUUACAGAAGGACCUGAAAAAAGCGGAAAAAGAGGCGAAGCGCGGGCCGAACUACAAGGGUGGCUCCAUUGUGGACCCCGAGACGAACGAGAUGGUGAAGAAAAACUCCUUGAGGGGGAAGGAAAUCCAGCAGGAGGCGCUGAUCCCGCCCCCCGACCCCUCCCAGCCAAAUGUCUCCGCGGAGAAACGGUUCAUGGUGAAUUUAUGGCGUUCUCAACUGUUACAUUUUCAACUGUUGCAUGAAUUUGUGAUGCCAGAAUGGCAAAAGUGAUAGGGGGGAUCUUGCGCGUCGUGCAUGACAGAUUUGGAACCGCCUAUCAGCCUGCUUGGCCCUCUGGGAAUUUGUCAUGCGAAGCAGCUUGAUGGCGUCGAUUCUGAAGGCAAUUUUGCAUGACAAAUCAUGUAACAGUUGAGAAUGUAACGUUUGAGAACGCCAUAGAAUUUUAUCGAGGAACUUGGCAAGGCCGUGGAGACUCGCGAGGGUUUGUGUGAGCUGUUUGAGUUGGAAUGCACGGAUAUCUACAAAAAUGCCUCGAACUACGUGAAAACGCGCAUCCCCCCCGAAGACGACAAAAAAGCCAAGUAUCGGCAGUGGACGGCUGGCGGGGCGGCGAAUUUCCUCCCGGCCAACCACCCCGAUGUGCUGCAUUUGGCGAAGGUGAGGGAUUUGCAGAAGUUACUGGAAGAACAAGCUGAAUUCUUCACGAUUGUCACCGCGCCAGACGGCAGGGUUCUCGUCGCGACCGCCGCGGCGUAUGAGAAUGGGCUCGUGGUGGUGGACAAGUCUGGCAAGGUGAACGUGGCGGGAGAAUCGGUCACUGCCCGGUGGCGGACCUGGCGGGAGAAGAUUUUAGGGUUGAAUCCGGACGAUUCUGCGAUGAUUAAGUCCGCGGCGAAUGCGUGGAAACGGAAGCAGGAGCAACAGCAAGGAACAACGACCAAAGGUGGAAAUAAAGUGCGACGUCCUAGUCGUAGCGGGACCACGAGCAGUAGGAGUGGCCGAAGCCGGAGCCGCAGUCGUCGCAGCCGUGAUCGGCGAACAAGCCUCUCUCGUCCGCGGGGCAACAACAGAGGCCGGGGCCGCAGCGUGUCGCGCCCGCGGGAGCGUGCAAAUUACCGCGGAGGUGGUGGUCCUCGGGGUCCGAGCAAGAUGCGCUCGAGGGGGCGAGGCGACAGAGGACGCAGCCGAGGGCGAUCACGGUCGCGGGCUGGUGAGCGUGGUGAUAAUCGGGGCGGCGGCUCUCGGAGGGAACCGUCGAAGGUGCGGAAUAGAGAUCGGGGAGUUCUUGAUGCUGGUAACAAAAACAACAGUAGCUCGAAGAAAGCCCCCGCCGGCGGGAAGACCUUGGCCGAGGUGAACGCUGAGUCAACAUCUUCGGGAGGUAUGAUCACUAGCGCUGCAAAAAGCAAAAAUGCACUGAUGGCCAAAGCGGGAGCGCCGGGAGCAGGAGAUAAAUCAACGACAAACCCGUUUUCUACAACAAAAGAUCAGCACGCGAUUGUGCCGGUCGAAGAUAAUCCAGCGGACGCUUACGACUGGGGACUCGAUGACGACGACGAGGACGAGGCAGAGACAUUGAUGAAAAUGAACGAGAAGCAGAAUACAGGCAAAAGCAAAAAGGCAGCGCAGGCCAACACUUCGAGAGGCGCAGGAACCUCGAAGCAAGACCCCAAGAACGUCAAUCAAGAUCAAGAGAAUUUUUCCGUGCAAGUAGAACAUGGUGUUGUGGAUGCUCCUGCUGAACCGCAGGAGGAGAAAGAGUGGAACCCUUUUGCGGAUAACAACGACCUCAUCGUGCCGGUGGACGAAGAGGAAAUCGUAGACGAUGACGAGGAAAUUGAGCUCCCCGAUGCGUAUAACAUCGAGGAGCCCCCGCCCCCGAAAGUGGAGGCGCUAGAAGACGAUGUUGCGUCCUCGAAAAUUAUGGACGAGAAACCGAAAAAGAGUAAGCUCACCGUGACGAACGGGGGGAAGCAGGAGGUAAUUGUCCUAGACGAUGACUAUCUGUCGAACUACAAAGGAAAGGAUAAGGAAGGUGGCCAGGACACGAAAACCAAAACUGCUUCGAAGCAGAAUACAACUGCCGGGAAAGAUGAGAAAUCCAAAUCAGGUAGAGGUGGCGCUGAAGGACGACGAGACAACGAUAAGGAACAGAACUCCGUAUUAAACCGGAGUAAGGAAGAAAGAAUACGGGAGCAGAGAGAAAAGUACGAGAAACGGAGACAUGACAAGGCCGCGACAUCGACGACGAAGCCAGCAGGAGUAGAAACAAGUCGGCACGAUCGAAAUAAAGAUCAAAACCAGCGAGAUGAAGUAGCUGGCAAUGAUCGUGGUAAAAGUACCGCGCGGACGAGGGAUCCCCGGGUUCCGCUACCUCAGGCGUUAUUUACCUCGCAGAACAAGAGCCAAAACCACGGUACUGGUGGUACAACCCUCUCUGCUGGGGACAAAGUUGGGAGUUUGACCGUCGCUGCGGUUGGUGGUGGUGGAAUAACUGGGGGACGUGGGGAUCAACAUCACCGCGGCAAUCAGUACAACCAGAACGCGGGAAACAACAAAUACCAGCAAGGUGGUGGGGUCGGAGGUGCUCAAAUGAAUUCAGGACUACAUCACAGUAACCUAAACAGUGUGGUCGACAACAGAAAUAGCGCGACCUCUUUCCAGCAGCAGCAGCAGGAACACCAGGCACAGCCCGGGACGACGGGUUCACCAGUCGCGACGACGACGAAUCAACCUGCUCUACCGAUCAGCACCAGCCAGCUGCAACAGUUGCAGUUGCAACAGUUGCAGGCGAUGCAGUUGUUGCAACAGCAGAGCAGCUUGAACCCGAACGCGACGGCGGAACAGCUCCAGCAGCAGUUGCAAAUGCAGCAGCUGAUGAUGCAAAACCAGGUGAUGCUGCAAAAACUGACUUCCGGAGGAAUGAUGAUGAACAAUCAGAACGAGCAGAUGAACUCGAGUACCCCAAGUGUGCCCACUAUAGGAGGAAGUGCAGCUGGAGGAGCUGCACCAGCAGCAUCCCCACCGGGCACUAGUGGUCUGCGGCCCCUGCAGAUUCCGGGCAAUAAUUUUGCCACAGGAGGAGCAGGCACUGCAGGCAACAUGAACAGCAAGCAGAUGAACGAUGAUCAAAAUAACCAGUCGCUUUCGAAUCAUCGGACCGGGCCAGGCAAUCGCAAUUUUUCGAACAACAACAGUGGUCAAAUAAAAGGCGGAGCUAAUAAUUUGUUCCAGAACACCAAUCGCCGAGCGGGUAAGCACGAUGCUGCUGCGGACAGCAAGCACGAGAAUAGCUGGGAACAAACGCAGGGAGGAAAUCAAAAGAACUGGGAAAACAAGAAGGGCGCACCCGGUGGUGGGAGCAACUACACCAGCAAAAAAGGGUCGUCUGGUGGCGGGGGAAAGAACAAAGCUUCUUCCAAAGGUGGCGGAGGGACAGUGCGGAUGAGAUGACUUCAAGAUCGAUCCCAUCUUGAUGAUACGACCGUGUGGCGACCGUAAAAAAGCGACAAGUUGUAGUUCAUAUUAAUCGAUGAACAAGACAGAAAAACCUACUUUUUUGGAUGUUGCCGUUGCGACGGAAGAAGAGCGCAAAGGCCGUUGUGAAACCCAUUUAAAGUUGUAUCUUCGAAAAUCGCCAAUUCGAAAAUCGAAAGCGGUAUCUUCGAAAAUCGCCAAAAAGCGGUAUCUUCGAAAAUCGAAAACCUGAAUCUUCCUUUAAUACGCCAGGCAUAUCUUGUCUCUACGGCUACGCUUCGAU